AUGCAACGAAGCCUUUUCCGACGGGUGGUUCGCCGUUCGCCUUGUUUCCGUCCAUUUCAUUCUUCCCAUUCGCGACGUUCCUUUCCUGCUAACGCCGGCGACGAACAUGCAGCCUUUGGCAACUAUACCGUGAUUCUUCCUGACGAGCCGUUUGUGUGGGGCGUGUCCCACAUAAAACCGCGUCAUGUCCCUCCACACAUAUCCCGCCCUCUCUAUGCACAGAGGUAUAGGUUGGAACAGGAAACUGAGGACGUCGAUAUCCAAGAGUCUUACGAAGGGGAUGGGCGAAUCCAACUCCGCACGGAAGAAGAAAUGAAACUCAGGGAAUCAGCGCGACUCGCUAGCAAAGUCCGUGAAUAUGCCAAAGGCCUUGUUAGGCCAGGUGCAACGACAAACUCAAUAGAUGAAGCAAUACAUCGGUUCAUCCUUGCGCAUAAUGCCUAUCCUUCCCCUAUGCUUUACGCGGGCUUCCCUCGAUCGUGUUGUACGAGCGUUAACAACGUUGUUUCACACGGAAUUCCUGACGAUCGCCCCCUGGAGGAUGGUGAUAUUUUGAAUAUCGACGUCACCGUAUACCUGAACGGUUACCACGGCGACACCUCCCAGACUUUCCUUGUCGGAGAAGUCGAUGAGCCUGGUCGUACCCUCGUCGCAGUCACGAAUGCAGCCCUUGAAGCGGGCAUUGGUGUCUGUAGCCCCGGGCGUCCUUUCCGGGAUAUAGGCCGAGCUAUCCACGAGCUUAUCCAACGAACACCAGGAUACUCGGUGUGCACCACUUUUGCAGGUCAUGGCAUCGGCAAAGUAUUUCACCGACCACCGUGGAUAUACCAUACAUUGAAUGAGGAGCCAGGAACGAUGCUCCCGGGCCACUGCUUCACAAUUGAGCCCUGCAUUGUGCAAGGAUCCAAUCCACGAGUCUGGAUAUUUCCCGACGGUUGGACGGCAUCUACGGAGAAUUGUGCUCGGAGCGCGCAAGCUGAACAUAUGGUUCUGAUCACCGAGUCCGGUGCAGAAGUGUUGACACGGGCGUAA